CCUGCCGAGCAAUCGAAACCACUCUCGUCGCAAACGAGGAACACAGACACAGACACAGACACAAAGAGGCACUGACACAGAGACAGACACACAGASGCACAGACGCACAGCAACAUGGCGACAAACAAAUCCUCCAAUCCGCUGACGGCCAUGUCUGCCGGCUGCAUCGCCGGAGCCGUAGAGGCAACGGCCGUGUGGCCCAUGGAAUUCAUCAAGACGCAGCUGCAGCUCGGAUCCAAGUCGGGCUCGAAGCUCCCCUACGGCGGAAUGAUCGAGGGCCUGUCGUACACGGUCCGUACCACCGGCUUUUUCAGGUAGGCUGCCCCGCCCGCUGCCCAGCGGACCCGCCACCGGCAGCUCGUGUCGUGUCGUGUCGUCUCGUGUAGUGUCCUCUCGUGUUGUCUCGUAUCCCGACAAUCGCAUCGUCUCGUAUCUCACGCGCACCGGCUGGCGCCUCUCUUCUUUCCCUCCCUUUCUUCGUUGUGCGUGCGCGAUCGGCGGAACGAACCCCGCGCCGCYGCAGCCUCUACCGCGGCCUCGCGCCGACCCUCGUGGGGAGCGUCCCRAAGGCCGGGAUCCGGUUCGGCCUGAACUCGCUCAUCAAGGAAAAACUGCGCGGAGAGGACGGGAAGCUCACRCCGGCCAAAAACUUCGUGGCGGGCCUCGGGGCCGGGGUCAGCGAGGCCCUGCUGGUGGUCGCUCCCGUCGAAACGGUMAAGACGAGGGUCAUCGAGCUCAACAUGCCCUUCCUGGGGGGACUCAAGCACAUCGUCAGGUCCGAGGGCAUCGGCGGCGUCUACAAAGGGGUGCGUUUCACAGAAAACACGGGCUCGCUCGAGCCUUGCGACCCUUUCGUUGGAACCACSGUGUGCCUUUCGGUUCUCCCGGUGCGCUCCUKCACUGCCAAAAGGCGGGGUGUGUCGCCCACGACCGUCGUCUCUCACAAACCACUGCGUUGCCAACCAUUUCUUCGUGUCGUUGCACACUCAUUUUCCGAAAACAAUAUUGUGUCGUUUCCCAGGCGUCCGCYACGGCAAUGAAACAAGGGUCCAACCAGGGUCUGCGUUUUAUGUGGUUCAACGAAUACAAGAAACGGAUUACGAACGACGGUGAAAAACCGWUGACCCCUCUCAUGGGACUCUUUGGCGGAAUGAGUGCCGGUUGUUUUUCGACCAUCGGAAACAAUCCAUUCGACGUUGUAAAGGUGAGUCCGGAGAUCAUUUUGAUGGGACGAWYUUUCGGUGCGGCCGGGGCUUGGAGUCCCUUSCGCGAUUCCGCAAAUCGGUCCACUCUUUGUUUGGAACGAUCGUGUCCUCGUUCGGCUCGAAUUCUGAUUGGUUGCCGUCGCCCUUGGUAUCGCUCACAACGCAUCUUUUGAACGACCUCAACGCCGUGCGGCAGACCCGCAUGCAAGGCACCCAGGCAACGAGGUAUAAAAACACGAUGGAUUGCUUCGUCCAGGUCCUUCGCAACGAAGGCAUCGGAGCCUUUUAUGCCGGCGUCAUUCCUCGUCUCGGCCGGGUCGUUCCUGGCCAAGGAAUCAUAUUCAUGUCGUUCGAAUCUAUCCAAUCAACACUGGUAGCAAAUUUCUCUAUAUUCAAGCAUUGAUCAGCUUUAUUCAAGCAUUGAUCAGCUUUAUUCAAGCAUUGAUCAGCUUUCGUUUGAUCCGACGAGACGAGUCCAGACGAGAAGAGAUGAAAGGAGAAAGCCUUUUGGUUGUUGGAAUCCAGUUCUUACCGGACAAGACUCGCCAAUUGUGAUUACGCCAAUCGAUCUGAUCCCUAGCCGAGAACCAAUAGGUGUUUCUUUGAUCUAGUCGUGUGACUAUCUAWAAUUAACCAAUGCAAGAUAA